UGUCAUAUUUCUCGCAACGGAGUCACUGUUUUACCGAAACAAAUUAACUACUUAAAUUAUCAUCAUGUUAAACAUUAAACAUAACACCUUGUACCUGUCAGUUACGGCCGCGAAGCCUCUUGUUUCUCGUACCUUAGGGGGCGCCCUCCCCCGGACUCGCCUUUCCCAGGACUCCGCCGGGAAGCCGCUGCGCUCCGCCGUGCCGGUCCCGCUUCUGGCUGUCUUGUUUGUCACCUGUCAAAUGGCCUCGGUUGUUUCCUGCAUUUUGGGCUGCUGUGCAGACAGGAGGCCUGGUCAUGUACCUCUUCAUGAAAUGCCUGCAGUUCAGUUAGACACACAGCAUAUGGGUUCAGAUGUGGUUGUGAUUAAGAGUGGUAGACGGAUAUGUGGUACGGGUGGCUGCCUUUCCAAUGCUCCACUACAUCAGAACAAGAGCUACUUUGAGAUCAAGAUUCAUUCCAUGGGAUUGUGGGGUGUAGGUCUGGCUACUCCAAUAGCUAACCUCAAUCAGAUCCCUAUGGGACUGGAUGCCCACAGCCUAGUCCUCAGAAAUGACGGUUCAGUGUACCAUAAUAAUGAGGAGAAGAAUCGGUUACCAGCCAACAGCUUACCACAAGAGGGUGAUGUUGUGGGCAUAACAUAUGACCAUGUUGAUCUGAAUUUGUAUUUGAAUGGAAAGAACAUGCACUGUCCAGCCUCAGGAAUCCAUGGAACAGUUUUCCCUGUUGUAUAUGUGGAUGACAGCGCCAUCUUAGACUGCCACUUCAGUGAUUUCAACCAUGCACCACCCCAUGGUUUUGACAAAAUAAUGUUUGAGAAGCAGAUCUUCUGAGAGCCAGUGCUGCACCAGUCUGAAGUGAACUGCAUCCCUGUGCCAGUCUCUCUCCAACCGGUUCUGCAUCUCUUCUUCUGGCCAUUGUGCAUUACAGCCGUGUACAACUUCACCGGGCUGAGUCUUGUCAUACUAUUCUUGGAUUUGCUGCUGCAGAAGCCUUGCAUGGAGAUAUAUUGAUAGUAAGUACCGAUGAAGCUGGACCCAUGUUAUUAAAGGCAACAUCCGGACAUUUACAUAAGCGAACAAGCAAAAGUCUCCUUGGUUAUUUACUGAAAUGUGUUACAGUAUUGAUCCAUCCAUCUUCUGUACAGUACAAGAUCAUAAGGCCCGUUUUUGAAUCACUACUGGCAAAUAUGAUUUUAAAUUUAUGGCUACUAUUAACUAUAGUCACUAUUUGCAAACUUAAAAUGUUAACUAAUUUACUAUUGAUUCAUGACAUGACUGGAUUUACAAACUGAAGGUUGUUUCAUAACUGCCUGGUCAGUAGGCUAUGGGGAGUAACUCCAGCAAGUUUAUUGAUCAUAUAUUACCUGUCUGUGAGACAGGUAAGGCACCAUAGGAAUGCCGUGCUAUAGUGAAUGAAUCGACUGGAAUAAGUCGACGUUUUGUCAUGGCAUACAGACAUACUGUAUGUAAAUCUCAUUUUACACACAAAUAAAUAACACAGCGCCGACUCUCCGCUGAACAGUCGACUUUUAUGUGCCAUUAAGAUAAAGAGGAAUGAUGGUCAUAAAUUAGGAUUUUUAAAUUUAUACACACAAUGAAAAAAAUUAGGACACCGUUCGUGCCACGCCCUGCGCAUGCUCCUUUGAUAAGAAAUCGGUACAAGGUAAAACACAGCUUUCAUUUUCUUUGAUAAAAAGAUCAAUCAGUAGGCAUAUUUCAAUAUAACCAAUCCAGCACAUUUAUUGCGCAUUAUCGACAUAACUAUACUGUUACGCAUGCAGAUAUUUAGUGUGUAUUACUAAUAUUUUUCUUCAUAACCUUCAGUUGUGGUGUCAAAUUUUAACGCUGUGGGAAAUCCUUAAUAAUAGGGGCCACACGGUGUCCCCGUGGGUACAAGUUUGAACUGCACUUCCAUUCUCUGUGUAAAGUUUGCGUGCUGUAGGGUUUUCAAUGACGUGCAGUUAGGGUAAUUACUUGUAGUCCACUUGAGGCGUGUUGCAGAUGUAAAUUAAAAUGGUAAACUGGAAAUACAGAAAAUCAGCAAAACGCAUCACAAGAUGUAGUGAGCCUUGUACAUGCAUUACAAC